ACAGGAGAACGCCCCUUCGACUGCUCCGACUGCAGAAAGAGCUUCAAGUCAGCGAAGAACCUGAAGUCCCACCAGCAAGUGCACACGGGCGAGAAGCCCUAUGGCUGCUCCACCUGUGGAAAGACCUUUGCCUGGUUGUCGGGGCUGCGGGAGCACUGGCGGGUGCACAGCAGUGAGCGGCCCUUCACCUGCUCCGACUGCGGCAAAGGCUUCAAGUCGUCCAAGGACCUGAAGGUGCACAGGCGCCUGCACACCGGGGAGCGGCCCUACACCUGCAGCGACUGCGGCAAGGGCUUCACCCGCUCUGCCAAGCUGCUGGAGCACCAGCGCGCCCACACCGGCGAGCGCCCCUUCACCUGCGCCCAGUGCGGCAAGGGACCCGUGCACAACAGUGUCCAGCCGUACAACCGCCCGUACUGCAGUGAGGCGUUUGACAGCUCGCGGGGGUUAUGGCAUCACCGGCGGGCCUACGAGAUCUUAACCCAUUUCCAGCGGGAAUGUGAAGGUCGGCCGUGGAGAAGCGAACGAACUCCCAGUGACCGAGCGCGCGGGCGGGCGGGCGAGCGGCCGUUGGUGAAGAACCUUCUGGGAAACGGCGGGAAAAACAACGGGCGGCGACGGCUGAGGGAGCGCGAGCGGGAGCGGCGACAUCCAGUCCAGUCUCCCGUCGACGUCGACGCGGGGGUGAAGCCAGAGGCGGCCAUCUUGACUACUGGCAGUCCGGGUGGAGCUGGAGCGCGAGCGCGAGCGGCGACAGUUGGUGGCUGGGAUCCCGGCGGCCAUCUUGACUCCCGGCAGCCAGUCAUGACGUCAGUCAAGUCUCCCGUUGACGGCAACAGUGCGGUCUGUGUCCGCGCGCCCGCCCACCCGCCCGGGAGCGAUGGUCGACAGUCGGGGUGGAACAAGGAGAAGCGUUAUGAGUGCGACGUGUGUGGCAAGGCCUGCCGGAGCCCGAGCGAGCUGGAGGCCCACCGGCGGGUGCACACGGGAGAACGGCCCUUCGACUGCUCGGACUGCGGCAAGAGUUUCAAGACAGCGGAUGUCCUGGAGACCCACCGGCGGUUGCACACGGGCGAGAAGCCCUAUGGCUGCUCCACAUGUGGCAAGAACUUUGCCUUGUUGUCUAGGCUACAGCAGCACCGGCAGUUGCACACGGGCGAGAAGCCCCAUGUCUGCCCCACCUGCGGCAAGAGCUUUGCCCGAGUGUCGGCGCUGUGGGUGCACCAGCGGGUGCACAGCAGUGAGCGGCCCUUCACCUGCUCCGACUGCGGCAAAGGCUUCAAGUCGUCCAGGGAACUGAAGGUGCACAGGCACGUGCACACCAGCGAGCGC